GUCUGAAUGGACAGAUGAAUUAAACACAUACAGAGUGGAAGCAGCUUGGAAAUUGUCACAGUGGGAUUUGGUGGAAAACUAUUUGGCAGCAGAUGGAAAAUCUACAACAUGGAGUGUCAGACUGGGACAGCUGUUAUUAUCAGCCAAAAAGAAAGAUAUCACAGCUUUUUAUGACACACUGAAACUAGUGAGAGCAGAACAAAUUGUACCUCUUUCAGCUGCAAGCUUUGAAAGAGGCUCUUACCAACGAGGAUAUGAAUAUAUUGUGAGAUUGCAUAUGUUGUGUGAAUUGGAACAUAGCAUCAAACCACUUUUUCACCAGUCUCUAGGUGACAGUUCUCAUGAAGAUUCUCUAAACUGGGUAGCUCGACUAGAAAUGACCCAGAAUUCCUACAGAGCCAAGGAGCCCAUCCUGGCUCUCCGGAGGGCUUUGUUAAGCCUCAACAAAAGGCCAGAUUACAAUGAAAUGGUUGGAGAAUGCUGGCUACAGAGUGCCAGAGUAGCUAGAAAGGCUGGUCACCACCAAACAGCCUACAAUGCUCUCCUUAAUGCAGGAGAAUCACGACUUGCCGAACUGUAUGUGGAAAGGGCAAAGUGGCUCUGGUCUAAG